CAACCUCUCCCUGAGACACUGUGUGCUUCUCUGCCGGGCUGCGAAAAAAAAAAGAAAAAAAAAAAAAAACGGGCCAGAAUUGCCAUCUUCCAAACCCAAACUGCACCUCUGAUCCCAGGAGUUCACCACACAGGCAUAUCCCCUCCGCCUCAGUCAGCCGGGCCGGCGUCUGGAGAUUUACUUUGCGACACCUUAUUAAUCAUUUGACACUUUCCAUCGACCUGAAGAAGGACGUCGGGCUCCUGAACCUGUCACACGUAUGGAACUGCAGAAGCUAUCGAACGGUAAUCACCAUGACGCUACUGUGCCCGUGGAGGGAGGAGCCCCAUCAGAGGAAGAAGAAAAGUUCCUGCAGCACAAAGAUGAUGCUUCAAAAAGACCCCAGUUCACAGAUUUUGAGGGUAAAACCUCUUUUGGGAUGUCGGUUUUCAACCUGAGCAAUGCAAUCAUGGGCAGUGGCAUCCUGGGCCUGUCCUAUGCCAUGUCAAACACUGGCAUCGUUCUCUUCCUGAUCUUGCUGACAUGUAUCGCCUGUCUGUCUUGUUAUUCAGUCCACCUGCUGCUACGCAGUGCCGGAGUCGUGGGUAUCCGCGCUUAUGAACAACUUGGCUUCAGAGCUUUUGGUCAUGCAGGGAAGAUUCUGGCAGCCGUCGUCAUAACACUACAUAACAUUGGAGCCAUGUCCAGCUACCUGUUCAUAGUAAAAUACGAGCUACCCCUGGUCAUCCAAGCCUUUCUUAGCCAGACAUCCAGCUCUGAAGACUGGUUUAUGAACGGAAACUACCUCAUUAUCAUUGUCACUGCUGGCAUCAUCCUCCCGCUGGCCAUGAUGAAGCACCUGGGGUAUCUUGGUUAUACAAGUGGCUUCUCUCUCUCCUGCAUGGUGUUCUUCCUUUCUGCGGUUAUCUACAAGAGGUUCAACAUCGCUUGCCCUCUCGAAGUGUUUGGCAACUUCUCAAUGAACGCAGAAAUCCCAGAGGACACGUGCACCGCCAAAUUUUUCACCAUCAACCAAGAGACGGCAUACACCAUCCCCAUCCUGGCGUUUGCUUUUGUAUGUCAUCCUGAAGUGCUUCCCAUUUAUACUGAACUAAGCAACCCAACCAAGAGAAGAAUGCAGAAUAUUGGCAAUGUUUCCAUCUUGGGCAUGUUCACCAUGUACUUCUUCACUGCCAUAUUUGGGUAUCUGACCUUCUACGAAAACACUGAAGCCGAGCUCCUCCACACCUACAACAAGGUGGACCCCCUGGACACUCUGAUCCUCUGUGUGCGGCUGGCUGUCCUGGUGGCCGUCACUCUGACUGUACCCGUGGUCUUGUUUCCUAUCCGUCGUGCCCUCUUGCAGCUGCUGUUUCCAGGAAAGCCCUUCCACUGGCUCCGACACAUCGCCAUCGCUGUUUGUCUGCUGUUUGCUGUCAACCUGCUGGUCAUCCUCGUCCCCAACAUCCGAGACAUCUUCGGCAUUACUGGGGCGACCACUGCUCCCACCUUGAUCUUCAUCCUUCCUGGACUGUUCUACAUUCGCAUCAUCCCGACCAACCAGGAACCCAUGAACUCCAGGCCAAAGAUCCAAGCUGCAUGUUUCACCGCACUGGGUUUCAUAUUCAUGACCAUGAGCCUGACAUUCAUCGCGCUGGACUGGAUGAGUGGAGAGAAGCGGAGUCUCGGUGGCCAUUAAAGAGCGCCGCCCUCGUCGCACGGUGACAACAGCCCACUGUUGUGCUUCUAAUCCAAUCUCCUGCAUGGAAAGCAAGAUUCCACCUACUGCUGAGAGGCUCCGGCUCGGUGGGACUUUUUUCUCAAUAAUCAUAAGGACAUGCAUUGCUCUGGAGCGAUGAAGAGGCCCGUUUAGUCCUGACACCCACCCAGGUCAACAUGUACCACAGGUAGUGUUCCUCUGUUCUGCAAGAACAUCUCAAGAACAUGUUGACCAUGGAAGCCCCUCAACUACUACAAGCUAUUUACCUCAACAGAGGCUAUAUGUGGUGUAUUAUAAUAGCAAUAUUAAGAGCAAAUUGGGCAAAUGCCUGAAUGCAAAGAACAAAAACAAAAAAAAAACAUUAAUUAUAAGCAAAGUUUAAUGGAGAAAAUGUAUUUGUUAUGUGCUUAUAAAAAUGAAUCUCAUCAUGUUGUUGACAUUGUAGCACAAUGACUGGUUCUGAUCAGAGAGCCAUAUCGUAUGAGGCAACCGAACAACGGCUUUCACAUAACUGACAUCGUUUGAUGCGUUUUGUGUUGCGUUCUGCGCUGCGUCGUGGAACGAAAUACUGGAAGAAAUACUGGCUUUUAUCAGCCAACACUUAGUUUACACAACUGUGAACCAGUUAAUUUGGUAUUAAUUCAUUUGUGAAUUUAUUCUGGACAGCAUGUGUUCAUUGUAUAAUAAAAAUUCACAAAACAUGAA